AUGGGGCAUUGCUGGGCUCGACUCAAGUCUCGCCUUUCCUAUAUCACACCUACGAAGCCUGCGCCUGAUACUCCACCCUCUUUUGGAGCUCCCAAAAAGCGCACGAUUGGCGAUAACGAUGACUACAGCAACCUGCCUAUCCCGGGAGCUUUCCCAGCGACUCCUCCCGAGUCACCGACACUUGCGCCAAUCGAUCCACAUGGCGAGACUAUCGAGGCCAAGGGCAUUGCGCCGGGGAGAUUGGAGUCGAUGGACAUAGACUCUCUCGGAUCGCCGUCACUUCAUACAGAGCUUGGUUCACACCUCCAUCCUCGAGCGUCCAAAUAUUACCCACCCACCCCUCCACGCUCGCGGGCGGCGCCAUCGCCCCGCCCACAGAAGAUCCCAAAGCGCGCCGCAGAAGAUCGCCUGCUCAUCGACGAUCCAUGGGAACAACAUACGAAAGAUUUCGAAAAAUUAGAUCUGGGGAGACCUGUCUCAGCUGUACAACUAUUCUCCCUCACGAGAAAGGACAUACCCGCCAACCGCGUUGCAUCAGUAUACGCGGCCGAAUGGGAAAAACGCGAGAAGGAAAGGCAGGCCAGGCUACGCGAUUCUCGGCGACCGACAAGAGUUGUCCCGCGUGGUCCUCCAGUGCGUGACCUUUCAUGGGAUUGGCUCGACAAAUUACAACGUGCGUCACAAAGCGCACAGGGCCAGGCUGUCGCAAGGUCUUUAGCCGGGGAUGAUCUCUACCAAAGAGACAUUGUCACAUGCAUUCGACCACUGGCUUGGCUGAACGAUGAAAUUAUCAAUGCCUACCUCCCGUUACUUGUUCAUUAUCUCCGUCAAUCCACCGGGAAUCUCAAGCCGAACGAAAAGCCGCGCUUCCACGCCUUCAACACGUUUUUCUAUUCCACCCUUCGCGACAAAGGUUACCAGGGCGUGCGACGAUGGGCAAACCGGGCCAAGAUUGGUGGAGAAUGGUUGCUCAAUGUUGACACUGUCUUCAUCCCAGUGCACGAGUCGAGUCACUGGACUCUGAUGGUUGUUCGACCAGCAGAUCGCACGAUAGAAUAUUUCGAUUCUCUAGGAUCUCGUGGUGCUCGGCAGGUGAAGAGGAUCAAGGAAUGGCUUGGAGGCGAGCUCGGCUCUAAAUACAAAGAGGACGAAUGGACGACCCUUCCAUCGGUCUCCUCCCAACAAGACAAUGGGAGUGAUUGUGGUGUAUUUCUCCUAACAAACGCCAAGGCAAUCUCUAUCGGUGUUGAGCCAACUGCCUUCGGAGCAGGCCAUACUCAACUUCUUCGCAGGAAGAUUGUCGCUGAGCUCAUGAAUGGAGGGCUUCAUGGCGACUUCACUCCACUGGAUAAAGCUACAGGUUCACUACUGCUUUGA